UUGUCAUACGUCAGUUGCUAAUCGACAUGUGGGUUCGUAAAUGUGAUCUUUGAUUUUAUUAUAAAAUAAUAGAUAAACAUGAAGAAAGAAAGUAAUAAUGAUAAACAGAAAGGGAAAAAAGCAAAGCAUAAGCUAUUUAAGCCCAGGAAAAAACGGAGCGUUGAAGAAGAUGCAGCUAUACAAUAUUUACAGAGUCAAUAUGAUAAAAUAGUACCAGAAGAAAUAAAAACUUUCAAAGACUUUCCAUUAUCCCAAAAAACUCUGAAAGGGCUUAAAGAAAACAAUUUUACUAUACCCACUGAUAUUCAAAGACAAGCAAUCGGGUAUGCUUUGCAAGGUAAAGACAUUUUGGGAGCUGCAAAAACUGGGUCCGGAAAAACAUUAGCGUUUUUAAUCCCAAUAUUAGAAUCACUGUUCUGUAAAAAGUGGACACGACUUGAUGGUGUUGGAGCUCUCGUCAUAUCACCUACAAGAGAGUUAGCAUAUCAAAUUUAUGAAACUUUAAGAAAAAUUGGACACAACCAUGACUUCUCCGCUGGUCUGAUAAUUGGAGGGCAAAAUCUAAAAUUUGAACGUAAGAGGAUGGAUCAAAUUAAUAUUCUUAUAUGCACACCCGGUCGCUUGUUACAGCAUAUGGAUGAAAAUCCUCUAUUUGACUGUAGCAGUCUUCAAAUACUUGUUUUGGACGAAGCUGAUAGAUGUUUGGACAUGGGUUUUGAGACAACUAUGAAUGCCAUCAUUGAAAAUUUACCACCUAAAAGGCAAACAUUAUUGUUUUCAGCCACUCAAACAAAGUCUGUGAAGGAUUUGGCCAGGCUCAGUCUAUCCUUCCCCACAUAUGUUGCACCACAUGAGCAGGCAGAGACUGUGACUCCAGAAUCAUUGCAACAGAGCUACAUUGUGUGUGAGAUUGAUGAAAAAGUGGGCAUAUUGUGGUCUUUUAUUAAGAAUCAUUUAAAACAAAAAGUUCUUGUUUUUAUGGCAACAUGCAAGCAAGUCAAAUAUGUGUAUGAGCUAUUCUGUAAAUUAAGGCCAGGUGUGAGCUUAUUGGCUCUAUAUGGCACUCUUCACCAAGAGAAACGCGAAAGGAUUUACCAAGAGUUCUGUAGGAAAUCAAAUGUUGUAUUAUUUGCAACAGAUUUAGCUUCUAGAGGUUUAGAUUUCCCCCGCGUCAAUUGGGUCAUACAAUAUGACUGUCCAGAAAAUGUUGAGACAUACAUACACAGAGCAGGAAGAACAGCAAGAGGAGUGUUAGGUAAAGGAGAAGGAUUGUUAAUGUUGUUGCCAAAUGAAGAAAAAAUCAUUGAAGAUUUAGGUAAAAGCAAAAUUCCUAUUAACAAAAUAUCAGUAGAUCCAUCAAAAGUUAUGUCUCCACAACGCAAAAUAGAAGCUCUUCUUUCAGACAACACAGAACUUAAACAAUCAGCUCAGAGGGCAUUUGUAAGUUAUUUAAAGUCUGUGUUCCUAAUGAAAAACAAAGAUAUUUUUAAUGUACAACAUUUAGAUACAGAUGCCUAUGCCAAGUCUCUUGGCUUAAUUGUUCCACCAAGAAUUAGAUUUUUACAAAAGUUAGAAAGAGAUAAGGCCAUGCUUAAAGCAAAGGAAAAAGCAGAGAAAGAAAAUGCUAUUGAGAAAUUACGAACAAGAGCCUCUGAUUCUGGUUCUGAUGAAAGUGAGUCAGAGGAAGUUAUCAAAGCUGAAGUGAUUAAACUUAAAAGUAAAAAGAAAGAUAUUCCUACUUUUGAUUUCCACAAUGAUGCUGAUAGUGAUGAAGAUGACUUCCUUCAAGUUAAGAAAAAUAAUGUAGAAGUAGAACCAGCUGCCGUUGAAGAAAUACAGUCAUCAAAAAAGAAAAAGCCGCUCACAAAAGCAGCAGUAGCUAAGAAAAUACUUAAAAAGAAAAUUAAGGUUAAUACAACAAUAAAGUUCACUGAAGAUGGGGAAGCUAUAGAAGAUGAAAAGAAAGAUGUUAAGUCAGAGCUGGCCAAACAAUUUGUGAAUGAAAAUGUUGGUGGUAUUGAUAUUGAGAAAGCUAAAGAAGUUCUCAAGGAGGAAGAUAAAUAUGAUAAGCAGAGGUUUAGAGAAAAAGUGAAGGCUAAGCACAAAGAGCAAAAACGAAAACUGAAGAAUAAGAAGAAAGAGGAAGAAGGUGAGAAAGAUGACUUUGGCAGUCAAUCAGAUUCUGAAGGACCAGAUCUUUCAUGGCUACCGGAUCCUGAUAAGGUCUAUGACAAGAAAAAUGACAGUGGUGAUGAAGUUAGUGCUGAUGACAGGGAUAUUUCACAAUCUGAUGCUCAGUCAAUGUCCAGUGAUGAGGAUGAACAAAAAUACCACAGGCCAACAAAACAUAAAUUAAUUGACAGUAAAGGGAUUCCUCAAGAAAGUGUAACGCCACGGAAGAUCAAAAAAAUUGAAGACAUUUCUGCUACAUUAUCAGUCAAUGAGGCAGAAGCUCUUGCAAUGCAGUUACUUCAAUCAAAACGAAAAUAAUAAAAUAUUCUGUUACCAUUA